AUGGCAGCUAUAGGCUGCUGCAUGUCAGGUCUGACGUCUUCUGCCGACGGAGCUCAUCGACAGUGCGAUGCUCCUGACAUUAGCAAACUCCGCAGCCCGGUGCAACAACCGCUGGCAGCGCGCCCCCCACCCUCAACAGAAGGUCCGAUUCGUUCCGGAGACUCGAUGAUCGACGUGCCGCCCCAAAAGGACGGCGAUGACAGCGAUCCCCGGAUGCAACUAAACUAUGCACACAGGGAACCGGAGGCAGAUAGUAACGCUCGAAAUGCUUCUACACCCCCAAUUGAUGUUAUUCUUGGCUAUGGGAAUGUACAGUCGCCAAUAUCCCAGCUCUGCACAGAAAUGGAACUCGAGAGUGGAAUUGGGCCUCUCCAAAGAUCAUAA